AUGGACCACAAAAAUUCAGUGUCAAAUCAGGCAAUACCAAUAUCAUCACAGGCACAACUAUCAAGUAGAUUGUCAGCUUCGAAACUGGUAACAACAAUACCGUCUGCAACACCAAAUGCAACACCAUUUGCAAUACCUGCAACACCAAAUGCAACACCAUUUGCAAUACCUGCAACACCAACUGCAUCUGCAAUACCUGCAACACCAACUGCAUCUGCAAUACCUUCAACACCGUCUACUAUCCCUAUAUCCAAGAGUCUAGCCAAACACCCAACCCCCACAAACCAGAUAUUUCAACAAGUGAUGCCCCUGGCCAACUCAACUGCUCCGCGAUUACAUCCAGCUCCCAACAACACUGUGUCAGCAAAACUAAACACUAAAUCUCAUAUACAACCUGCUCCCUCAAAGCAACAACAAAUACGGCAUCAUCCUAUUGCUCCAAAGUAUACGAGAAUUCAACCAGCACUUGCUCCAAAACGCGUCACCGCAGCACUCCCACAACAAACAAGUAGAUUCAACCCCAUACCUAAUGGCAAAAUAUCCCUUUUGAUGAAACUGAAAGUACCAGCUGGUGGACGGCAUCAAGAGUCUGCUUCUUUGAAUACGUCAAAAAAAUGGGUAUUACCGCCACGUCCUCGACCCGGAAGGAAACCAACUGCAGGGGAAUGCGAUAAAACUGUUAAACCACAUGCUAGUAAAAAGAAAAUAAAAGUUGACACGGAUAAUAGCGUUGCGGCAACAGGUGUUGGUGCUGCAGCAGAAGCACCAGCACCAGCACCAGCACCAGCACCAACACCUGUUGUGAAAUUGGAAUCAAUAGAGAAAACGAAUAUGGUCCAACUAGUAAACGCACCAGAGACUAGAAACUUCAUCACAAAUGUGAAUAAAGCAGUAAUGAUUUCUGAAGGUCUUCAAAAUGGACCCGGACCUGGAUACGGACCUGGAUCUGCACCUACGCAGUUUGGUAGCGGAACUCCAGCAGUUAAGGAGAUGGCCCGGCUUUCCCAGAUCAAUCACAUCGAUAAUACUACUGCUACUACAACUGCCAACGUAUUGAGGCCAGUACAAUCUGUACCAAGCACAAGUCCAAUCAAAGUGAAAUCUGAGAUAAAGACGAUCCAGCAACCUAUACAACUAAACCCUUCAACUCUUCAAAAUGUUCAGAAAUUGCCCACGCCACCACCACCAACCAAAAUAAACGAUCCAAAUGUCCAAAUGAUGGACUUGAAAAGAUCUUAUUUAUCUAAAUUGAAAGAACAAGAAUUGAUGCGGAAUUAUAUUGAAAUAUUAACUAAUCAAAUUAAAGAAUUGAGCUUUGUUCAAAGCGGUGUAAUCACAUUCGAUGCUUUGAAAACCAAUGCUAAAUAUAGCCCCAAUGGCAUGAGCUCUAAGAGGCUUACUACAACAUUGACCAAUUCAAGAAUCGAUCAAUUGGAUAUGAUCAACAACUUGAAUGAUUUGAAUAAGUUUUUAAACUACUUGACGAAAUCAUCAGAUAUAAUCAAAAGUGUUCAAAAGCAAGCAAAUUCUGUGAAUACAUCAGAAUCAAUAAAUCGUCAAAUCGAUUACUAUUUGAAUUUAAGAAACACAUUAAAAGCGAUGAAUAAUAAAAAAAUGAACAAUUGUGCGGUAAAUGCUAACAGCAAAGAAAAUAGCAAGGGUGAGUCUCCAACUGCCACGGCAACGACAACGGCAACGGCAACGGCAACGGCAACGGCAACGACAACGGCAACGACAACGACAACGACAACGAGGACAACAACACCAAAUUCUUUCCCUGUAUCAUCAUCUUCUUCUUCUUCGUUUACUCCGGGUUUAUUGCAACCUUCCAAAGCAGCAGAUUUGUUCAAUGAUUCUACGUUUGAUUACGAUAUGGAACUACAAACCGCAACAAUUGCAGAAUCUCCUGUUUCCUCGAUCAAGACAAUGGAGAAUAUGAAGAGCAAUAGUGAUGUUUCUAAUCAAGUAAAUGAAAUGGAUAUGGACUUUUUUGUAAACGAAAAUGAAUUUUUAAAUCGACUAGUUUUGUAUGAUGAUUAUUAUGACAAUGACGAUAUCAAUGUGAAGAAGGAAGAGAUGGAAUUGGGGAAAGUUGAGAUACAUGAUGGGAUAGCGGUAGACGAAAGGCAACGAGGAGAAGGAGAAAUAGGUAAUGAUAAUAGGGACAUUUCUGUAGAGACAACUUCUAGGCAGACGAACCUUAUCAAUAACGAAACGAUUACAAAGAAGAAAUUGAAAUUCAACUGUGGGUUUUGUACAAAAGAUACUCCGUGUUUAUGUUUUGAUUCUGAUUUGGAAUUAAAUAGUUUACGACAAUGA